GCCGAACUAGAGAGCCGAACCCGGCUUUAAGGGAGAAAAAAAUUUCUUUUUUUUUAAUUUAUUUUUUGAAGAACUUUCUCUUCAGACAAAAAUGGCGGCAGCUUCUAGAAAAUCAAGAACCCCAAUACUGCGAUCCCUUUCGCCUUCCCCUAGAUUCUGCAAUUCUCACUUUCACUCCCCCUCGUCUUCUUCCUCAGCUUUCGCCUCUUCCACUUCCAGCUUCUCCUCUCGCUCCACUACCUUCUUUAACCGCUCAACCUCUCCCACGCGUGUCAACCUAUGCGGUUCCUCCACAUCCUCCGUGCGGUUCUCGCUGGACCGUUCCGUUUCUCCGAACCGGUCCAUUUCGGUGACUCCUCGAACCGGCGGGUCCAGACAGAGUAACCACCCCCACCACCACCAGCAGAAGCGCACGUGCAUGUGCUCGCCUACCACGCACCCUGGCUCCUUCCGCUGCAGCCUCCACAAGAAGGCCUUCGGUUCCCAUGCCGUUGCGGCGCCGUACUCGCCGAACCGCCUCAACGCUCGCAGAUCGGCGAUGACGAACUCGCUCGUGAGAAUUCGCGGCGUGGAAGGAGAUCUCGUGAAGAGAGCUCUCGCCGCUUUGAUUCGCCCUUCGUCGCAUCAGCAGAAAAGGAGAGGGGACUUUCACCCGAGGCCUAGCAGGCUCUCCGUCAUGUCUAAGGCAGAGGACUCGUGAACUGCGCUUUGGUUACCUUCAUCGUUUCACUCUUCCGAUCAGUUUCCGACCACCGUGGAGGUGGCGAAAGCGGCGGCGCCAGAUCCCGGCGAAGGAAUAUUUUUGGUGGCAAGUGGGGAGCGGAUAUGGGACAUGACUACAUCAGAGGUGGGACCAUGAGCAUUGAGCAGAACGGUUUUGGGUCAAAUAACAGGAUAAGGCUUUGUUUGGAGUGGAACACAAUAUUUAUCAUCAUGCAAUGACUCACCAUAAUUGCUUAUCGAAUCAGUAGCUAUGAAUUAUGAUGAUAGAUACCUCAAAGCUGUAUCCCAUUCCUACGCCAGAAACUGGAUGGAUGAAGUGAUGAUUACCGUGGUGCAGUUAAUAAAUAGAAUUGUGGAAUAAGACAUCUGGCAUGUGAAUGGAGAUAGAAAAUGACUUAACCUCCUCAUCAGAAGAAAAUCAUAGCGUGGUCAACAAAAGUUAAAUUUUGAGAAACAUAAUUCAUUCUGCAUCUUGAGAUUAAAAAAUUACUCUGAUACUUAAAAAUGAAAAAUAAAAUCUUUUGAUUCUGUAUUAAAUUUUAUUUAUUAUUGUAUGUAAAUUAACAAAUACUUUGCCAAUUUAAAUAAAGAUAUGAUUUGUUUUUUAUUUAAACAUAAAAAAUUUUAAAAUCUGAAAAGAUUGAUUCUAAAAUAAAAUGAUUUAGUUCAGAUGAAAAUGAAAUUAUACUAUAAAAGUUUAACAAUUAAUUAAAGUUGAAAUUUAACUUUUUUUAAAAAAAAUUUACUCUAAAUAAAAAUUACAAAAUAUUUAAGUUUAUGAAAAGGUAUAAACUUUUCUGUCCAAAAAAGUAUAAUAAAAAAUAUUAUAACAUUCGAAAUGAAGGUCAAUUAUAUGUACCAAGUUUAUGUAAAAAACAUAUCGAGAUGAAAAUUUCAAAAACUAAAAACCACAUUCAAAGAAACUGCUGAUUGACAAAUAAUGUUUAAUGGCAUGUAUAUAUUUAUAAGAAAUUGCUCGAAUUUGUAAAUAUGAAUGCAGUUCUUGAAUAGCAUUCGUUUUGUCUAAAUCCUCAGACAAAAGGUACUAACGAAAUGAAAAGUAAACAAAUAUCCUAAUCCCAUUUGAAAAGGAGGUUAGCAUUAGAUAAACAAAUUAAGAAUUACGAAUGCAAAACAUAAAGCGAAAAGAUCCUUCAUUGCAAGAAUUAUUUUUCUUACUUAAAAAAAAUCUCUCCUGUUAGUUUAAAAAAAAAUCAAGGAACGAGAUAAAAGAAAUAUUAGAAGGAUGCACGAAAUCUUUCCUUGUAGAUUCCGAAUAUAAACAGCAAGUUAUGUCGCGUGUUGCGAUUAAUUUCUCAAACUGUCUGUGUAAUAAUAGAUAGAUUU